AUGAACACAGGCACUGACAAUCGCUCGUCCUCGUCGACGUCUGGAUGCUGCGGCAUCCUUGGAAGAUACCCAAUCGCAACUCUUAUCGCUUUCGCCUCUGCCGGAAUCGCUACAGGAAUUGGUCUCACUUUUUGGGAACCUGAAGAUGUCGAGACAAAGGUUAACCUCAUCAAAUGGAUCGGGCUUGUUGGAGACCUAUUCAUUAGGGCCCUCAAGUGUCUGGUUUUGCCACUCAUUUUUGUGAGUGUCACCAUCGCAGUCCUAGAGAUGCUCGCUGUUGGCCGCGCAGGAUCCGUGGGCUGGAAAACUCGUGAGUCUCUCGCUGCUCUCCCGGGAACAAAGAUAACCGGAGCUACUGAAAGCUUACACCUUCUCUCUUUUCGUAUGAAUUUUGACAUGAAAACUUCAAAAGUUGGAUUGUACAUGACGACAACUGUGAUUGCUUCGAUCAUUGGCAUUUUCUCCAUUAUCUUGUUUCAAGGGACCUUUAGUCAGGGUGAAUUUCAGCCUCCCGCCCCGCCUACUGUCGAGCUUGGAUGCAACAAUGAGGGUAUGUACCUUACCGAAGCCUUGGAUGGUAGCAUUUCUUGUGCUGCACACAACGGAACCAAUUCACAGUUUUACCUCGAGGAUAUUACUGGAUCCCUUGUCCAGUCUUCGUCGGAUGACCUGGAGGAGAAAAGCAUGAGUGACACCCUGUAUGAGGGUGUAUUCACAAAGAUUGUAACAGACAACGUCUUUGUCUCCUUCGCAGAGGCCAAUUUUGCAGCUGUAGUUUUCUUCUCGAUCUGUUUUGGUGUUGCUGUCAGCCAGACCUCUGCGGAUGAUGACGUCGAAUCCAAUGCGACCCUUGUUGUCAAGCUCUUCAAACAACUGGAGAAAGUCUUUUUGAAGAUGAUCCAAUGGGUUAUUGCAGUGACACCUUUUGCUGUGUUUUCCCUUAUUGCAGAAGCGAUUGGUGCUCAAGCUGAUAUCAAGGAAGCAUUCUCAAACGUUGGAUUCCUGAUCGUUGCCUUCGUGGUUGGCAUCUGCAUGCACUUUCUCAUCGUGCACGUUGGACUUUUCUAUGUUGUCACACGACGCAAUCCUUUCUCGUACCUAAAGCAUCUCAUCCCAGCCCAAACCAUGGCAUUUGCGUGUGCAAGCAGUGCGGCAACAGUCCCCGUUACUCUGGAGUCUGUAAGGUCAACUGGGUGGGUUCCAGACCCUAUUGUUAGAUUCGUCGUGCCACUGGGAGCCACCGUAAACAUGGACGGCUCAGCUAUUUACUACCCCAUGGCUUGUAUAUGGCUUGCCUAUUUGAAUGGGAUAAACCCGGAUGCUGCGUCUUACGUCCUUUUGGUCAUUCUUGGGACACUAGGAAGCAUCGGCGCGGCCCCAGUCCCUUACUCCAGUUUGGUGCUGAUCAUUACGGCAUACAACACUGUCUUCAACACGACGGGAACUCCAGAAGGAAUCUCAUUUUUGGCAGCAAUCGACUGGUUGAUUGGCUCGCUGCGCACUGUGACCAAUGUUACAGGCGACGCAGUUGUUUGCGGGAUGAUUGGCCACCUAUGUCCUUUAGAUGAGGAAGAAACCAUGGAGACUGUCAUUGAGGCAUCAAAGGUCAUGACUGAGCCAUCCCACUCGGGAGGCCCCACGGGCAGUGACAUUGGCAAAGACAACAACUCCGUGGGUGAGGAGUCAGAAGUAUACAACUCUUGA